AUGACUCUCCUAGUUGACGAGGAGUUAGCGUUAUCAAAUGACGAAAGAUUAAAAGAAACUCUUCCAGAUUUAGAACAACUAAAACCACGACGAAGAACUUCAAGAAGAUGCCGAAAGUCCAUCCUUGUGUCUGGCACGUCAGCGGCAGUUUCUAUGGUUACGUUUCUUGCUUUUGUGGGAGUUUUUGUCUACGCCCGAAAUGUUUUUAAAACCCCUCUGGAAGAAUAUUGGAAAUUGACAGACAUCACCCCGCCAGCUUAUUCUCGGAACGAAUCGUUCCACGGAAAUUUUCCUGUAGCGUACAUGGUUCUGGACACUGAUUCAUUAACAGAUGGCCAUGAGAUUCUAAGAUGGAAAAAUUUCAAAAACCAGACUUACACCAGAGGCGGGUUUGUGUACUCCGAGGGAUUCUUUAUCAUCCCCAAGAGUGGCUUUUAUGACCUUCACUCGACACUGAGCAUCGAGACGCAACUCAAGACAGGCAUGGGCGAUGUCACGAUUUACAGCUGCAUUGUGACGUCAUCAGGAAUUACCCUAGGCUGUAACCGAAUGAGGCAGAAGAAGGGAUGGGCGGGGCAUAGCGAAGUCUUAGUGCUGUCCAGGUGGUUAGAGAAAGGGGAGAGAAUCGGCGUGACGCUGGCACCAAAGUCCACGAAAUCCCUUAUCCACGGCAACCCGACAGAAAAUGCUUUUGUUAUUCGACUAAUUAGAUAGCAUAUCUAAUUGUAGUGCAAAAGCCUUUGUUAACAAUCUUCUAUAUAAGUCAUUAGCAAACUUUUUUCAAAAAUAUAGUUUUUCAUACAUUAUUUAUGCUUUUUGUUACAUGUAUAGGGAUAACAAUACACAUUAUCACAUUAUAUGCAAUUGUAUAAGCCCAUCUUUGAUCCUAUCUGACUUUUGUUCAAACUUCAUGCAUGUAUAUCUUAAGUGGCUUAUAGAAGUAUAUGAUAUGAUCGAUGGAAUA